AUGAUGAGAGCGAUGUUCCCCGUGAUGUUGAGUUGGAUUCUGGGAGCCUCAUACUCCAUUUGGCCCCUGGCUCCUGCAGCGCCUUCCAGCUGCCGUCCUGCCAGCUCAUCAACCAGACGGUGUCUCUGGAGAAGGAGGGCUUGUUCCAAGUGUCACCCGGUGGAAACAACCAUCUGCAGCGGUCACUGCCCCACCAAGGACCCCGUCAUUAAGAUCCCGUUCAGCAAUGUGUACCAGCAUGUGUGCACGUACCAGGACUUUUACUACAAGACAUUCGAGCUUCCCGACUGUUCUCCCGGCGUGGACCCGACCGUCACCUACCUGGCUCUGAGCUGCCACUGCGGCCGCUGUGCCAUGGACACGUCCGACUGCACCUUCGAGAGCCUGCAGCCCAACUUCUGCAUGAACGACAUACCGUUCCACUACUAG